AUGCAACACGCUAUUCUUGCCAUCAGCGCUUCUCACUUACUGUAUAAGAGGCCAGACAUGGCUGAGAUAUGCGCAUCUCAUUACGCCAUUGUGCUUCGAGCAAUGAAACAUGCUGUGACACGGUGGAAGGCUCUUGAUGCACGCGAUCAAAUUGCGCUGCUGGCUACAGCCCUAGCCCUCUGCUGGUUCGAGACCAUCGAUGUCAACACCAGCGGUGCAUUAUAUCACCAUCUAGAAGCAAGCAAGUUCAUGUUUCAAGCGGUCAAACAAAACCUCAUAGAUCAUGAUCCGAGCUUGUUUGGCUUCUUGGCAGAGCAAUACGCAUACCUCGCCAUUGUCUCCAACAUAGCAUUGCGCUCUGCUCGUUUCGAUCCUGAGAUGAAUCAAACCUUAUCGCUACCGUCGCUAGGACUUCUGAAUCAAGGGUCCAAUUUCUACGGAUGCCUUUUUGGCUGCUCUCACGUUGUGUAUGAAACAAUUCCUAUGAUAUGCGACCUGGCUAAGUUACGGAUCAAAGAGGGGAUCGCGCCUUCACAGACAUCAUACCAGCGAUAUGAAUACAUCCUUGGAGAACUAAAAACCUGGCGACCAACACAUAGCCAUUUCUCCAAGGACUUUGAAUAUGCAGGCCAGUUAUAUCGAGAAGCCUGUCUUGUCUUUCUCGAGUCCUCCUUCCAAGGGCCUCAUACACCCAGCUUGGAACUUUAUGCGGCAGUUGAACCUAGCCUGGCUUGCUUCUUGGAGGUCUUUGCCAAGAUGUCAUAUGAGUCCCCGUCCUGGACGACCGUCAUGUGGCCGAUAUUGACAGCUGGGUCGCACAUGAGGUGCCUGAAACAGCGAGAUCAACUUUCAGAUAUUAUACUGAACUCGACCUUUGAUAUGAGGGCUGUUGAUAACACGCUAUAUCCCCUCAAGCUCCUUUGGGAGAAGAUGGCUUUUGAUGAUGGCUAUUAUGGAUCUUAUGGGCUGGAAAAGGUCCUGCAAGAAUACGGGAUUACCAUGUGUGUAGGGUGA